UGUAAACAACAACGCAACGCAGCGGAAGAAGGUCCAUCGUGGAAACGCUGCCCAUGUGCCAAGGUCUGUAACGCUCUGCUGUGAGGUCUCCUCGGUUUAUUUCCCAACAUGGAGAACAUCACUGAGGGGACGUGGGUCAGCUUACCCGUUAAGCUAAACGAGAAGAUUUUACAAACGCUGGAAGAAAUGAAAUUCACCCACAUGACACCUGUGCAGUCGGCUUGCAUUCCGCUGUUCAUGAGCAACAAAGAUGUGGCGGCGGAGGCGGUCACCGGCAGCGGGAAGACUCUGGCCUUCGUCAUCCCCAUCAUAGAGCUGCUGCUGAAGCGAGAGGAAAAGCUGAAGAAGAAGCAGGUCGGCGCUUUGGUGAUCACUCCCACACGAGAACUGGCCCUGCAGAUCAGCGAAGUGAUGGGAAUGUUCCUCCAGAAGUUUCCAGAGUUCACGCAGAUUUUACUGAUUGGUGGCAGCAACCCGUCAGAAGAUGUGGAGAAGUUUAAGGAGCACGGUGGCAACAUUGUGAUCGCGACGCCGGGCCGCCUGGAGGACAUGUUCCGGAGGAAGUCAGAGGGGCUGGAGCUGGCCAGCGCCGUCAGGAGUCUUGAUGUUCUGGUUCUGGACGAGGCCGACAGGCUGCUGGACAUGGGCUUUGAGGCCAGCCUGAACACCAUCCUGGACUACCUGCCCAAACAGAGACGGACAGGCCUGUUUUCAGCCACUCAGACUCAGGAGCUGGACAAGCUGGUGAGGGCCGGCCUCAGGAACCCCGUACGGAUCACCGUUAAAGAGAAGGGCCAGGCUGCCGCCGCCACCCAGAAGACGCCGUCCCGCCUCUCCAACUACUACACCAUUUGCAGAGCGGAGGACAAGUUCAACAACCUGGUGGCGUUUCUACGGCAACACAAGCAUGAGAAGAACCUGGUGUUCUUCAGCACCUGUGCCUGUGUGGAGUACUUCGGCCGAGCCCUGGAGGUGUUAGUCAAGAAGGCCACAAUCCACUGCAUUCAUGGGAAGAUGAAAAAUAAGCGCAACAGCAUUUUUGCAGCCUUUCGGGCCUUAAAAAGUGGGAUCUUGGUGUGCACCGACGUCAUGGCCAGAGGCAUCGACAUCCCUGAUGUGAACUGGGUUCUACAGUAUGAUCCUCCCAGCAACGCCAGUGCUUUUGUGCAUCGAUGUGGGAGAACAGCGCGCAUCGGCAACUAUGGCAACGCCCUCGUCUUCCUGCUGCCGAUGGAGGAAACUUACAUCGACUUCUUAUCCAUCAACCAGAAAUGCCCGCUGGAGAAGAUGCCUCCCAUAAAGGACGUGGUGGACGUGCUGCCCAAAGUGAAGGCCAUGGCCCUGGCUGACCGGGCCAUGUUUGACAGAGGCAUGAGGGCCUUCGUCUCUUACGUCCAGGCAUACGCCAAACAUGAAUGUAGCCUCAUCUUCAGGGUCAAAGAUCUGGACUUUGUGUCCAUGGCCCGCGGCUUUUCUCUGCUCCGCCUGCCAAAGAUGCCGGAGCUGAAGGGGAAAUCCUUCCCCGAAUUCGAGACGACCGUGGACACGGACAGCAUCCGCUACAAGGACAAAAACAGGCAGAAGCAGAGACAGAAAAUGCUGGCCGAGUGGAAAGAAAGAGCGAAGACCGAGCCUCCUAAAAAGACCUUCAUAAAGAAUAAGGCCUGGUCCAAACAGAAGAGCAAGAAGGAGCGCAAGAAAAAACGGGCCGCCAAGCGGAAACACGACCAGGACUCUGACGUGGACGAGGAACACAUGACGGAGCUUUUAGAGGACACGCGCCUCCUUAAGAAGCUAAAAAAAGGCAUAAUCAGCGAGGAGGACUUUGAACAACAGAUCACAAAAGGACCGAAGCUCGAAGCAGAAGAAGCAUAACGUAACGCUCAGGAGAACGGCACGAUCUGUUUGAAGGGUGUUUAUUGGAGAAGGAGGAGGCAGAGUUAUAAAUACAGUUUGAUGAGUUCGUCGCUGACGGCCGACGGGGUGAGGACUCCCAGGUCGGUGAAGAGGAGGGUGAUGAGGGAGGGGGGCGUGUAGUCGAUGACGGGGUGCUCCUCCGACAGGUUCUUUACGCUCUUCAGGGUGUCUGCUUUGUACUGUGAGGGGAAGAGAAAGCGCCCGUCAAUAAAUCUGAACGAGGGGACGGAAAACUGUCAAAGGCAGAAAAAAGGACGUCGCACCUUGAAUUUAUCCGGCACAUCCUGUUGGUUCAGCGGAUACAGGCGCACAAAUUUAAAACUUUCAGCGACAACGUAAAAGGGCUUGUUGUGAGCUUUGGAGCACAGCGCCAUCUGAUAGGUGCCGAUCUGCAAAAAAAAGACAAAAAAACAGAACGCUUUCAAUUCUGCUGCAAUUUUACAAAUCCGCUCUGUGUUUUUACAAAUCCGCUCUGAAACAUGUAGACGGCAUUUUUUUAUUCAGCCUCCUCCAGGUAUGGCCUAAUCAGCAAACACAGUCUGUGUCUAAAUUAGCCGCAGUAUAAAUCCAGCUGUUCUAUGAAGACAUGAUCUUUGAUCACACAAUCUGGAAAUAAAUAAUAGUAAAUAUAAAUGUUUUAGUUGCUUUUUACACAUCAUUUUACUUUGAACCUGACUGCAGUAAGGCUUCAGGAUUUUGGCUUGUUUUCUGAAUUAUAAUCCAGUUCCACAUUCCUGAUUGGGAUUGGUCUCUGAAUGCCUGCCAUAGACUUAUUAACAUAGAUGCUAACCCAAUGGAAAAGCAAUAAGAGUCCCUGAGUAAAUAAUUACUAGUCUGAAACAGAGUGCUGUUACUUUGACUGCUUGGAUCACAUUUACUGGAUGAGCAAAGGUGUUGGACCAGCCUGGUGAUCCAGGCCUCUGCUCAGUAAGUCUGGUUUUAUGCCAGCUCAGGCUGAGAGAGGAACGCACCUUGUUGAUGAUCCCGCCGCUCUCAACGACUCCCUCUGCACCAACAAUCACCAGGUCCACCUUCUCCAACACAUACCUGGGAGACGGAAAGAAAAAACAAAAAAAUGAUGCAACUUUUAAGUUUUAACAAGAGGCUUCACUCUAUCCUUUUAUUAAUUAAAAGAGUUAAAGUAAA